GGCCGGCCACUUUCUCCCGAGGUCGGCGGCGAGCCGCGCGGUGCCGCUCCAGUCCGCCGCCGUCUGCCGUCCAAUAUGGCCGCCUCCAUCGCGAGAGAGUUCUGAGUGGUCUCACCAGCAUAUGGACGAUAGUGAACAGCGCUCAUCAUGAAGUGUUCGGGUGUGAUCUUGUGUGCUGUGGUGUUAGUGGCUCUGCUGGCUGCUGUGAAUGGAGUGGGCCAGCGGCGCUGUUUCCAGUGUCGGUCUCGUGGCUCCCGCGGCGGCUGCAAGGACUCGUUCUCUCACAACAUGACACAGCUGCUGGCAGGGGGCGUGCGAGGCGUGCGGGCCGAGCCCUGUGCCUCCGGCUGGUGCGGCAAGAUCAUAGAGGGCGACACAGGCGUCAAUGACUACGACACGGCCACGGAGCGGAUGUGCAUGCAGCGGCCUCCAUCGGACCUGCAGGAGCGCUGUGACCUGACCAUGUACGGCCAGUACCGUAAAGUCUACCUGUGCAUGUGUCAGGGUGACCUCUGCAACGGAGCCGGCCGGACACCCGCCUCCGCUGCCGCCGUCACCGCCGCCGCCCUCCUGAGCCUGACGGCAGCUGCAUUGCUCAGCUGACGGGCCGGAGAUGACGUCAACAGUCAGCUGACUGGUCGGUGAUGACGUCAUCAGUCAGCUGACUGGUCAGUGGUGAUGUCAUCAGUCAGCUGACUGGUCGGUGAUGACGUCACAAGUCAACUGACUGGUCUAAGCUGAUGUCAUCAAUCAGCGGAUCGACCUUUGCUGACGAGUGACGCUUGGACAGUCUGGAUCCCACAAGGUCACGACAAAUGACGUGAUGUCGCAUAAGCGGAUGUCAUGCCUUCCGCAAAAUGUCAUCGCAUGAAGUUUGCGGUCAAGUGCCUUCCGAUGAUUCAGAGCUGAUGGACUCGCAUGCGAGGCACUUGCUUUGUGAAACGAGGACACUAGCACGAGCAUGUCUGGGAUAUACUCAGAUUGCGACAUGGACAAACGGGACUUCACUUCCAUGACGUCAUGAUGCCUUUCGUUUCAUCGCAAAAAAUAAUACCGUGAAGUGCAACUGAUUGUUGGAUAGCACUUGCGCACUGCAACCAAGGCACUGCAACAAGCUCUCAGAAAACCAAGCCUGCCCCCGCCAAAGGGAGGGUGUUGCAACAAGUGAAAUGCCUGGAGUGUCUGACGUCGUUUGGACGGUUCCCAGUUGACUGUGGUUUACCAUGCACUGUGCAGUGACUUCCUGCGACUGAGCCGAGUUCGGUGUUCUGUGAUACCUACUGUCGCGACGCGGGACUGUGCUCCGGCACCAGGCGAGACUGGCUCUGAGACUGUAUCGGACCAGUCAUCUGGUUCGGACCAAUCGGGACCACAAGUGAAUGGGGCUCCGACCGUAAGGUCCAACUCGGUCGACUGUGCCAGGACGAGUCGGCUUUGAGUCAGCCUAAGUCGACUUUGAGUCGCAGUGAACAGUCUUAGCUGGGUUCGGUCAGUCUGAGCGGAGUCCGAGUCAGUCGAGCGGAGUCUGAGUCAGUCUGAGUGAAGUCCGAGUCAAUGUGAGCCAGGAAGCGUCAAUGUGAGUCGGUAUGGAUUAUGCCUGAGUUCACGGCGUGUGCUCGUCGGUAAUGUGUGGCCGAACCGGGACCAGAAAUCCGGCCCAAGUUUCCUAGUGUAACUAGUGAUCCCUAAGAUGCGAUAGGUAUGUGAAAUUCGAUGCCAAGAGUAAUAAUAUUAUUUGAGAACAUCGCAAAAAAAAUACCUACGAGUAUUACUGAUAGGUAUGUUGUCAGUUAUCAUUUCGUUAGUAUCAUCAUCUUGCCUUCCCUGCGACUGCAACAAGUGUGGGUAUUGGUUUUGAAAUUUUGACUUCGCUCUUAUAAAUAUGAUGGACAAAUGAGAUUCGUGUAUUGCACUGCUAGGAUCGCAAACAUACUGUGUUUUAAUAAAUUGCAUCAAUUCAUGGUAAA